GCAGCUCCAAGUUUUUUUUAUGGCCCAUUAUAUAAGCGAUCCCAAAAUGAGCAAAGAGAUUUUGAUAAAAGAGUUGAGAUAGAAGUUCAAAAAGUAACCUCUACUCUGAAAAUUGAGAUGGAGGAAAAGUUGUUUGAAGCGAAAGAAGAAAUUGAAGUGAGGGAUAAGAAGUUAUCGAAAGCAGAGGAGGAUAUGGAAAUGAUGAAGAAAAAAUUAUCUGAAGCAAAUAUGAAUAUGGAAGAAAAAAUAGAUGAUAAAGUAAAAGCAGGGAUACUAGCAUAUGUAGAUUCUUUGGGUAUUACUCUUGGCUCAAAUAGAAAAUCAUUUAGUAAUGAGCAGGUUUCUAAUAAAUCUAUUGAAGAUCGCCAACAAUCAUUAUCGCCCGUUUCAGUUGUUGACCCGAAAAAGGAAAACACGGUUCGGAAGACGGGAAGAAGUGCAGUUGGCCAAGGAAAAAAAAAGUGGAGUUUUUGAAGGGGAACGAUUGAGGUGAUCAAUUACUAGCAACAAGAUACUUGACCUGUGGAUUGAUGGUUUUACAAAGCUAUUUCACGUUUUAUUCAAGAAAUUAAGAGAUCUAAUCCAAUUAGGAGUUGAUAAAAUGUGAAAAGCAGGUGGUUUUGAAAUUAUUAGCUUCUAGUUAUAUUUCAAUUUUACUUGAGAUAGAACACAUUAUUUACUUUGAGAUCAUUUAACUUUUACUGGACACUUA